ACAAAAAAAGCCCUUUGUGAGAAGGAGAUAUGGAGAACCUCUGCAUCUGGACUUGUGUUUAUAUGACUCUUUGCAUUACAUGCAGUCUGACUCAAGAACAGAGGAAGGAGUAUUUCGACUUGAACAGCAGUGUGAAUUUGACCUGCAUCAGUAAAAACUUGUCAUCGAUUCUGCACAAUAUAUGGAAGAUUCACAUCAAUAAUUUCAAGUGUGUAAUAGCAUCUGCUAUUGAUGAAGAUGAAAAAGAUACUUGUAAGGAUGGAAAAGUACUUCACAGCAUGAAUAAUGGAGAAUCCUACCUUCACAUUCCUCGCUUUACAAAAAAAGAUGAAGGACUUUAUCACUGUGAGACAGUGUACAGAGGGGGACGUCACUCCGCAGAAAUCAAAGUGUACGCUAGAGCCUCCCUAAGCAUAUCCACCAGGCUGGAUGCAGACCACAGGGUCGCUGUGUGUUCAGCCACAGGAGCUCCUCCAGGUGUCUCCAUCUCAUGGAGGACAUCAUGGAACUCAACCGGUAACCAGAACUGCACACCAAACCCAGAUGGCACCUUCGACAUGGAGAGCCGUGUCAGCCUGCCUGAUGGUGUCAAUAAAACUGACCUGGAGUGUAUCGUCACACAUCCUGACUGGAACAAGAACCACACUGAGAUACUUCAUGUUCCUUCUUUGCUCAGAUCGUCCCAGCAUCUCUGGCAGUGGAUAAUAAUAUCUGUGUGCUCUGUCUGCUUUUUAACGGGAGUACUGACUGGACUCUACGUCACAAGGAAGAAUCUCAGUAAAAUAAGGAGCUGUAAAUUCAGCUUUCCCCGCCCUCCACCUCCUCACACUAUGGUAAAGCCACAGGACGUGGAAGAACUGGAACCCUACGCCAGCUAUGUGCAGCGAGUCAACACCAUCUACAACUCCUCUGCUGAGCUCUGCAAUGUGUAGCUCCACUUGGAGAAGCACAAUUGCAGUGGUAUGGAGGAUGGACGAGCGGAGGACGGACGAGCGGAGGACACUCACAAACACUCAGGAAGCCUGAAUCUGAAGUGAGUGGGUCUGCUGUUCCCAGGACUCUCCUCACUUCUGUAGCAUCAUCUUGUUUCAGCCUGAGGUGGAAAACCCUCGCAGUGAGCACAAAGUUGACAUUUCUCUGCUGAAAUCAUUGAAAUGA